AAGUUGUGUAAAGCUAAAAUAAUAAUUUUUAGACUGCAGUACAAAGUUUCCAGUGAUUCAAACACAGAGAAAUCAUAAACCAUGGGAGUUCCAAAAUUUUUUCGUUACAUAAGUGAACGAUAUCCUUGUCUAUCGGAGUUAGUUCGUGAAGAUCAGGUUCCUGAAUUUGACAAUCUGUAUCUGGAUAUGAACGGAAUCAUCCACAAUUGCUCACAUCCCAAUGACGGUGAUGUUCACUUUAGAAUAACAGAAGAACAGAUCUUUAAGGAUAUUUUCUUUUAUUUGGAGACACUUUUCAACAUGAUGAAGCCACAAAAAGUUUUUUUUCUUGCAGUUGAUGGUGUCGCGCCACGUGCAAAGAUGAAUCAACAGCGUGGGAGACGUUUUCGUUCAGCAAAAGAAGCAGAAGUUCAAGAAGAAAAAGCACGUCAAAAAGGUGAAGUUUUACCAUCAGAAGCUCGUUUUGACAGCAAUUGCAUCACUCCUGGAACUCCAUUCAUGUGUCGGUUAAACACAGCAUUGCGAUACUUUAUCCAACACAAAAUAUCAACAUCAAAAGCCUGGAGACAUUGUAAAGUCAUUCUCAGUGGUCAUGAGACUCCUGGAGAAGGUGAACAUAAAAUCAUGGAGUACAUUCGUUACUUAAAGACUCAAAAGGAUUAUAAUCCUAACACUCGUCACUGCCUUUAUGGAUUAGACGCCGACUUAAUAAUGUUGGGUUUGUGCACACACGAGCGACACUUUUCACUGCUUCGUGAGGAAGUGAAGUUCGGUAAAAAGAAUAAAAAAGCUGUGUCUGUAAGUCAACAACGUUUCUUCUUAUUACACUUGAGUUUGAUGCGAGAAUAUCUUGAGCAAGAGUUUAUUGCGUUGAAAGAUAACAUGAACUUUCCAUUCGACAUUGAAAAUAUAAUUGACGAUUGGGUUUUGAUGGGAUUCCUUGUUGGCAACGAUUUCAUCCCAAAUAUUCCUAAUCUGCACAUCAAUUCGAAUGCACUUCCGAUGCUUUAUGAAGCUUACAUAAAAACGAUGAGAUCACUCGAUGGCUACAUUAACAACGGCGGUUAUCUUAAUCUCGCUCGUUUACAACAAUUUAUUGAGAAUCUCGAACAAUUUGAUCGCGAUCACUUUUUAAAUCAAUACGAAAAUUUGAAUGUCCUCGAGUCGAAGCAUCAAAGCGCUUUCAACAACAGAAACGAUGACACUUUUGGUGGCAAUGAAGAACUUCUAAAGAUGAUGAAAGAUACAGAAUUUGAGUUUGACAGUUCGCCUGAUGAGAAUGAAGAUGAAGACGAAGACGAAAACAGCGAUGAGACUUUUGAGAAAGAAUUUCAUCAACAUCGUCGCGAUUAUUACGUGAAUAAAAUGAAAUAUGCUGACAUGACGGCAGAAGUUUUAGCUGAGCAAGCGGAAUGUUACAUUCGAGCACUUCAAUGGACUUUGUCUUAUUAUUAUCACGGAGUUCAAUCGUGGAGUUGGUAUUAUCCACAUCACUACGCUCCUUACAUCAGCGACUUGAAGAACUUCAAAGAUCUCAACAUAAAAUUCGAAAUGAGUCAACCUUUCCUUCCAUUUCAACAAUUGAUGAGCGUUUUACCAGCAGCAAGUCGCGCUCAUGUUCCUGAAUGCUACAAGAAGCUGAUGACAAAUCCCGACAGUGAAUUAAUUGACUUCUAUCCAACUGAAUUCGAAACAGACUUGAAUGGAAAGAAACAAGAUUGGGAAGCUGUCGUGUUGAUUCCAUUUAUUGAUGAGAAAAGACUUUUGAAGACUUUAGAGAAACAUGAGAAUGAAUUGUCACCACCUGAGAAGGCAAGAAAUGUUCAUGGCCCAAUGUAUGUUUACACCUAUUCCAACACAAGUCGUGGCACUCUUGACGCUCCUUUAAGCUUCCCAAGCAUUGGCAAUUUAAUGUGCGAUGAGAAAAAAGUUUAUCGUGAAGAAAUUCAAGUUAUGAAAGAGAAACUCGUGCUUGGACCUUCGAAAGGAGCUUUGACUGAUGUUUUCUUCACGGGAUUUCCAACAUUUAAACAUUUAUCGUACAAAAGUGUUUUGAAACGACAAAAUGUUCAAGUAUUUGAUCAACCUUCAAGAUGUGAUAAUAUGAUGAUUGUUGUUAAGAAUGAUAAUUGUGUAGAAAGCAAUUUUGAUGCAGUUUCAGACUCGCAUGCGGAUUUGGCAGAUAAAAUUGUGCAUGUCGGUUGGCCACAUUUGUUUGAAGCAAGAGUUGUAAAAGUUUGUAAUGAAAGCAAAACUAUUCAAAAUGGUGAAUUGAUUGAUACUGACAAGGCGCGAUUUAAAAGUGAUGUUCAAGCUAUCAAAGAUCAUCACAUUAAACGAAUGGGAAUUGAUGUUGGUGAGAUUCAUCAAAUUGUUUAUGUUGUGCAAGUGUCAGGUGAAGAAUAUCGAAUGGAUCAGAAAACGAAGACUUUUAAGCUUUUAAAAACUUUUGAGAGAAAUGAAAUUCCAUUUCCAAUUCAAUGUGUUGUCAAAGAUGUCAAAGCGUAUCGUAAGAAGUUUAAAGAAGAAGUUCCGCUCUUUGAGGCUUAUAAAAAUGGAACUGAAGUGUUUAUGGUGACAAAUCCUUUUUAUGGUUCAUUUGGGGAAGUCACUGAUGUGAAUUGUUAUGAGAAGAGUGGACGAAUCAAAGUCAUGUUGACAGUUCCACAAGAACCUGACUUUGAAAAGGUCCACAAAAUUCAUCAAACGACUCAAAAUUCUUACAUGGAAGCUUAUGAAGUUGCUUCUGUUUUAGGCAUCAACGACAAUGUUUUCAAUCGUUUAACUGGAACUGUUUUAGUCGUUCCUGGCAGUCGACGACAAAUUUCAAACGACGCAACUUCAAAACUCAACAUUGGACUGCAAUUUAAAUUUCCGAAAACCAACGAAGCAGUCGCUGGUUACACAAUGAAGACUCGCAUUUGGCUUUAUUCAAAUAAAAUUCUCAACAUCAUGCAGGAAUAUUAUUGUAAAUAUCCAAUGGUGUUCGAAAGGAUGAGCAGAUCAACUGGGAAUAAAAAUGAUUUGUUCUUUGAGUCCGACUUCUUUGACACAGCGCUUGAAGAUAAUGACAACAACAACACUCUUCAGUCACUUUUGAAAUGGUUGGCAGAACUUCCACAUCAGAAAGCGGAAAGACGUGAUGCUGGUUCUGAAUCGAUUGAGAAGGAAGUCAUUGAAGCAAUCAAAGAUGCUGUUUGUAAAGCAAAUGAUCUUCCAAUGAAGAAGAUUACAAUGCAAGUUAAGCCACAUCUUCUUUACGCUCCUUCAUUGACGAAAUCAACGGUCAAAGCUCCUGAUACUUCAGCUGAAUAUCAACUGUUUGAUCGUGUUACUAUCGCUAAGGAGAGUGAGAAGUUUUCUGUUGGAAUGAAAGGAACUGUCAUUGGAAUUUCUCGAGUUAAAGACACAAAUCCAGUGAGACGUGAAUGUGUUAACAAAGAAGUUACUUAUUGUGAAAUUUUAUUCGAUAACAAUCAAAUUGAACGAAUUUCAACAUCAAAUCUCAUCAAUGUAAGUUAUGGUGAAUAUUUGAAUGGUAACAAUAAGCCGAAUGUUAAAGCAGCGCCGGAAAAAUCGUCAAAACAUGUUCAGAAUGUUCCAACAACGAGUAAAUUUCAAUAUUCUGAUAUGGUAAAGAACGCUGAGAAAGCUCCGAAAGAUAAACCUAAAGAGAUUAAUGAUUUCUGGAGUGCUUUUAAGAAAGUAUCUGUGGACGAUGGCGAGAAAAAGAAACAAGAAGUGAAUGGUGAAACAAAUAAAGUUGGAUUGCCAGAGAUUGUCGCACCGUCAACGUUGCCAUUGCCGCCACUCAAAUGGCUCGAAAACACUCAAAAAGAAAGAUUAAAUAAGUUAACUAAUCAACAACCUCCUUUCCCACAACCGCCGUUACCUUUCCAUCAUAACAACGUUCAAAAUUCUGACUUUAAUUUUCCACCUGGACCGUCUUUACCUUUCUUCAGAAGCAAUUUGAUCCAUCAAGUCCCAAUGCGUCCAUUGCAACAACAAAACUUCCAACAACCAAGAAAUUUCAACAACAAUUUUAACAACGUUCAUCGCUUCAGACCUGAAAUGAAUCAACAACAGCAACGACCGAUUCAAUAUCAGAAUCCCCAAGGACAAUUCCAAAGACCGCAAAACUCAUUUCAACAUCAACAUCAAAAUCAGCAUCAGCAACAACAAAAACCUGGAGCUGGAAACGCUUUCAUCCCAUUGCAAGCGUUUAGAAAAGCGACGAAAGGCAAAAACAUCGUUCAAACACAAACCAAACCAACUCAAAGCAUCACCGCUAAAAAAGAAGCAAAUGCAAAUAUUGAAACCACGCCAUCACAGUCUAAUGUUAAAACUGAAUCAAUGCCAUCGACUUCACAAGCAGAAAAUACUGUAAAAGCUGCUAAACAACCGCCUAGAGACAACAGAAAAUCUCGUCUGGCUAUCAGCUUUGGAAAAUAAAAAAAUAAGUCUGAGUUGUCAAUAUUAAAAUUUUAAUUGAAUUUGCUUCAUUUUAUUUUUCAAAUAAAAUUGAAACGCGACACUAUUAAAAACUGUCAAAUUGCUUUCUUGUUUAACUAAUUAAUGACUGAGAACAUGUCUUCCUUUAAGUAUUCUUCUCAUUAUUAUCAUUUGACCACCGGGAGUUGACAAUCUUUUCUCCCAACCAUGGACUUUGAUUCGUUUUCCCUCUUUAGCUCUGGGAAAUCUAUUUCUUAUGUUGGUUCUUAUGAAAGUGAGACUCCAGGAUGGAAGGAAAGUAUUUGUUUGGACUGCAAUAUUAUUUGAAGUUAUAAGUGAAGUGUUACACAAAACAUUUGUUGACUUUUGCAGGACUCACCCAAAUGUUUUACACAUUUGUGACAUUAUUAAAUCAAUUCAAAUGCUCUUUUUUGUUGAAA